AUGACUUCGACCCCACUCAAUGCGGUCCUUCCAUCACAAGUAUUAAAAUAUCUACCGACUUACCAGGUUCUACUCUGUCUUCGCUGCCGCUACGCUAUCCAACCAGGCGCAGUUGGGCGCUAUCUCAAGGAAAUUCAUCAUAUUCAUCGCUCAUCGCGUCAAGCUUUCGUCAAAUAUGCCUCCCAAUAUGAGCUAGCCCAACCCAAUGAUGUCGUCUUGCCUGAUCAUGGCCAGUUUCCGGUGUCUUUACUCCCAGUACAGGAUGUAUUAGCAUGUUCUUAUGACGGGUGUACUCACUUGUGUGCCACGACCAAACGUAUGAAGCAGCACUGGAGACUUGUGCACAAUACACCCGCCGCAGAUGGGAAUGAUUUAUGGAAGUCGGUACCAUUGCAGACCUUUUUUCGGGGGAAUGCGCUCCGCUACUUUACCAACGCGGCAUUCCUGGUUUCAACGCCAGCGGCUUUGUCUGACAGCUCCGAUGCCCUGACGAGUGAUAUAUCCGCCCGCACGGGCCUGCUCGAUCAUUAUCGAAAUCACACCUACAAGACCCUCUCAUGUACCUCUGAAACACAAGAUGCAUUUGGGGUCACUGUCGUAGAGCUAGCCUCUCGAUUUCCCUUCCUGCUUCAUGGUGUGUUAGCCUGUUCAGCCCUGCACCUCGCUUCCACCGACCCCGAUAACCGAACAUAUUACACAAUCCAGUCAAUGCGAUACCAAGAUCAAGCACUUCCCGCCUUCCGAUGGGCAACCAUGCAUGUGGACCUCGGCAAUUGUCAGGCGGUGCUGGCCUUUUCAUUCUUCCUGGUCAUCUGUGCCCUGACCUCCCAAUUCAAGGAACAGAGCUUGUUUUUAUACGAUGACGAUGAAAAUUAUGACCAGUCACAUUGGAUCAACCUCCUCCGCAACGGCUGCUCCAUGCUCUGCCCCGUGUGGGACGACCUCAACGACAGUCCUGUAGCUCCCUUCGCGGCCCUGUGGCGUGACGACCUGAGUGCCACGGCCAAUCCCAAUGACCCCUUUCUGGUGACUUUGCUAUCCGUAUUCCCAGAACACGAGCCCGAGUAUCCCAUUUUACGCGACUCCGCGAUGAAAUUAGUAGAAGCGUUCGCAUUCAUGAAGCAACGCGGACAGUCGUCAACAAUCUGGGAUGCUCUCAAUUCAUGGCCUUUGCGUGUCAUGCCCGAGUACCUAGCUCUUUUGAAUCGAAAUUGUUCUGGUGCUUUACUACUCUUGGCUUACUAUGGGGUUCUUCUGCGUCCGAUACGUGGCGAAUGGUUUCUAGAAGGUCGGUCCCGGAAAUUGAUGGAUGAAAUUGCACGAAGGUUACAAGGGAAUUGCUCACCGCAGAUCUGGGGAUUGUUUGUUGAGAUUAAGAAUACGUACUCAUUUUGA